AUGGUUCUCUUUGAUUUUAAGUCCGACAAGCACUUCGUUGCUUCCUCGGACAGGACCACUCUCCAAGUCUACGACAGGAAUACUCAUUGGGAGGAAGUCGCCACCAUCACUGCCCGUGAUCGCGAUCAAAUUGACGACGACGACCAAGACGAAGGCGAUGAUGACGACGAUGAAACAUACGAUGGACUGAUGUUCUUCGAUGGUCACGGGAAGAUCGAGGGACGGGAGGCGUUGACCAAGCUGGCCCAACACCUCACCCGGCUGCAACUGAGGGUGAGCCCUCAAGGGUUCUGUUUCCAGGAUGUUACCACGUUGGGCGAACACAAAGCUUUUGGGUUUCACUAUCUCAGACUGAACGAUCUCUUCAACUGGUCCUAUCAUGGUAUCAGAACGCCGAGCAUGGCCACAUGGCGACGCCUGGUGUUAGAGUACACCGUACCAAAAAGGGAGAAGCGAACUACACCAGGGGAGAAGCGGCCUACGCCCACCGCCGACGGUGUGAGCAAGGAGAUGUACGAGGAGCUGAAAAAGACGAUCGGAAAGAAGGACGAGGAGCUGGAGAAGCUGAGAGAGGAGGUGGAGAAGAAAGUGGAUCAGAAGAAGCGGCCAAUGUCUGGAGGAGCUGCUGUGAGCAAGAAGAAGUACGAGGAGUUGAAAAGAAUGAUCGAAGGAAGGGAUGAAAAGAUCGGAAAGAUGAGAGAGGAGAUGGAAGAACAACAUUGGGAGAUGGAAAAGCUAAAAGAAGAGAGGGGGAAACACGGGGUAGAGCUACGCGAGUUGGAGAAGAAAAAUGGCAAGGAGCUGCGGAAGCUGUCGAAGCAAAAAGAUGGCGAGCUAGAAACGCUGAAGAGGGAGAAGGACGGGGAGUUGGAGGAGAAAGACGAGGAGUUAGAGGCGUUGAGAAAAGAAAAGGACGACGCAGCAAAGCUGAGCAAAGUGAAGGAUGAGGAACUGAAAAAACUGAGGGAGGAGGUGAAGAAUAUGAAAAGAGCUAAUAAGAAGGAAGAUGAAGCAGCAGUAGGCGAGAAGGGAAAGAUAACGAUAGACAGUGAUGAAUGGCAGAAGUUGAAGAAGGAUGCGGCGGAAAUGAGGCAAGAGGUAAUGAAGAAGGACGAAGAGAUGAAAAGAAGGCUAGAAAAAGUGGGAAAUGAUAACGAAGCAUUGCAGAAGCUUGCGAAUGAGAAGACCGCCGAGUCUCAGAAGCUAAGGAGUGAGAAGGAAGAAAUGAUGAAAGAGAAUGCAGAUGAAAUGCGAAAGCUGAAAGACCAACUGUUACAAGUUCCUCGCGAGCCCGAGCAACGUCCCAAGCAAUCAUGGGUGAAGACAACUACAACUAAAUUAGUGUCCCUUUCUUUCUGCAAUGACGACAUAAUAAGCAGAAGGCGACCAGUACCCCGUGAUACUUUUUGCAUCGAUGAACGCAAAUCGAGUAAUUUCAACUACAAGCCAUAUCAAAAGGGGAGCGUGCCGUUCUUGUUUUACAGUUGGACAAGUGUGGUGGAUGAAGAUUCCAAAGAUUGGCCGCCUCCUCCCAAGAUGAAUGUGUACAGUUCUUCAGGCUCGUUCGACCAAGACAACUGGUGGCUUAUGAAGACGACUCACCUGAGUGAUGGCAGCUUGACGAUGAUGGCUUAUUACGACGGCAAUUUUCGAUGCUCUGUUUUCUCGGAGUAUACUCACCCUAUCCGACUUCCCUAUUCGUGGGACAAUCGUUUAAUGGCAGGUACAUCUUUCUUCUUGGUUCACGUUGGACGGGAAUACAAGCUUGCUUUCAUGUACCGUGACUAG